GUUUUAAAUUUUUUUUUGUUUCUGCAACCUACCUUGAAUGGGAGCUUAGCGCAGCCUAACAUGGCUGCCGCUCCCCGGCCAAUCAGAAGCUUCCGCGAUGGACGCAAAGGUGGGGGCUAACGUCCUCUGCGUCCACAUGGAAGAUUUCCAUACAAGCCCGGGGUGUAGCGAUUGCGCAUGCGCGUCCGCCAUUUUAGAAACAUUUAGAAUCAUUACGAAUUUGAUUGGCCGGGGAGCGGCAGCCAUGUUAGGCUGUGCUAAGCUCCCAUUCAAGGUAGGUUGCGGAAACAAUUUUUUAAAAAUAUUUUUAAAAAUAUAUUUUAAAAAAUUUGGGGGGGGGGGGAUUAACGAAACAUUAAGAGACAAUUAGAGAAUGGGCCAACAAUGGUUCGAAUUACAUUGCUGGUUGCGCUGUGAGACAAUGUCUCGGAAUGCGUAUCAAAAAGCGAGAACAAUCCAAAAUAAUGCCGAUAUACGAUUCAAAACGAUUUUUUGGACAUGUCUAAUGCGUAUCAAAAAGCGAGAACAAUCCGAAAUAAUUCCGAUAUACGAUUCAAAACGAUUUUUUGGACAUGUCUAAUGCGUAUCAAAAAAGCGAGAACAAUCCAAAAUAAUUCCGAUAUACGAUUCAAAACGAUUUUUUGGACAUGUCUAAUAUAUAAUAUAAUUAAUAUAUAUUAAAGGUAUGAUAAAUAUGAGUUUCCAAAGCUGGCUCCUGGUUUCUUCCAGCCGAAACUAUUUCCAUGUUUUUAUUUUUAAGCGUCGCCAAAUAUUGGCACAGCCAAGGACGCAUUCCUGACUGUGGCCAGUGCCAAAUAUUGACCUCUCUCCUUUUAGCCAUUCCCAAGGCAAGUGGGCAAAUAUUAUGCAAGGAAGGAAAUUUACCAGGUGCCAUCUAUGGCCCUAAACCUCCUCCUCCUUCGUGCCGUCCUUUCUCUUCUCACACUCUCUCCAUCCUCUCUCUGGGACGGCGAUGGGGCCACCGGGGUGUCUGUGGCUGGUCCUGAUGCUGAUGGUGGAGAGGACCACCGGGGUGCAGGAGAUCCGCUGGGCCAACGGGGGGCGCCUCCACCGUCUCCUCAACAUGGCCGGGCCCUUCCAAGGGGCCCCCGGGUCGGUCCAGAGGGUCUUCCUCCGUGUGGGACCCCACCGGCCCGGGCCCGUCGGGGACCAAGUCUCGGGAAUGGGGGAUUCGGGGUCCCCUGCCCCCACCACAGGGACCAACGUGACCCCGUUUGGGACGAUCAACGAAAUCGAUGGAGCCCCGGUCCCCGUCCAGAGGGGUCACCACACUCUUGGGGGUCCGGCCAGAGGAACGCGUCAAGACCCCCCCAACCACAAUAGCGUCUUCCAUGACGCCUACCCCACUCUGCGGACACGACCUCGACCUCGACCCCGACCCGGAUACGGGACCCGUUACUUCCAUCACGGCCUCCCGGACUUGAUUCCUGACCCGUAUUUCAUCGAAGCGUCCACCUACGUCCAGCGGGUCCAGCUUUAUGCUUUGGAGUGUGCGGCCGAGGAAAACUGCCUUGCGAGAUCGGCCUACAGCCCCGGGGUGAGCCCGCUGAGUGUCCGCGUCCUGCUCCGCUUCCCACAACGGGUCAAGAACCAAGGGACGGCCGACUUCCUCCCGGUCAAGCCGCACCAUGACUGGGAAUGGCACCACUGCCACCAGCACUUCCACAGCAUGGAGGCCUUCAGCCAUUACGACCUGCUGGACGUUUCGUCCGGGGAGAAGGUGGCCCAGGGGCACAAGGCCAGCUUUUGCUUGGAGGACACCACUUGCGACCCCGGCGUCCGGCGGCGCUACGCCUGCACUGCCCACACACAGGGCCUGAGCCCCGGAUGCUACGACACCUACCACGCCAACAUCGACUGCCAAUGGAUCGACAUCACCGACGUCCCACCGGGAAACUACACCCUCAAGGUGACGGUCAAUCCGGAUUUCCUGGUGGACGAGUCGGACUUCAGCAACAACAUCGUGCGCUGCGACGUCACCUACACGGGAACACACGCCGACACGCGGGACUGCCGGAUCUCAAGCUUCUAAGGAGAACCCGUGGAUCCACGUCCCAAAAUGGAAAACCGAAAUGGGGGGAGGAAAGCCAUAUUUCGUCACAGAGCUUGAAGCAUUUUUUCCAGAAAUGACCUGUUUCCAAUCCUAUUAAAAAAACUCUCUUUCUGGCAUUCCUUGUGUCCAAUUA